AUGGCACCUGUCAACCUUUCCCACAGACGGACGCAUAAUUUGCUCUUAAUCUCUAAACUCUUGAGUUCCCGGGACACAGCGUCGCCCCUCACACUUGUCCAGGACUCGUUAGAGCAACCGGCCACACCGCUCUAUAAAGAAUACAUCAGACGUGCCAAGUUGUCCAAAGUUCAUGUCACACUAAUCGCGUUUGAAACCCUAAAACAACCAGAAGGCGUCGAUGCCUUUGUGUCAACUCGACGCAAGAGCCCCGCCGAUAUUAUUAAAGAAGUCAAUGCAGUUGCAUCUGCCAAUCCAUCGCGUAGACGUCUUAUUCUGAUUGAUUCAAUCAACCCAUUAUUGGGUUCUAGGAGAUCAGACCCUAGCUUCCAUUUGCCCUCUUUCCUUGGGUCAUUCAUUGCACCCACGUCUCCAACAGCAAAGGUGGAUGCAUCGCUCGUGGUGACAUACCAUCAAGAUGUCCCCGAACCCUCACAGCAAAAUUCUUACUCGCCAUCGCCAAUCUCCGUGUUGACGUAUCUGGCUACAAGCAUCAUCACUCUCCAUUCAUUUUCACACAUCCUAGCACAAAAGGCUGCUCGAGACCGCAGUUUAGCGCCGCCAGUCUUCGGCCUCGAAGAAGAACAAGAAGGCAUCCUACUUGGCCGAUUGGACAGACUGGUUGGGACUGGUGCUGCAGAGGGUCUUGUUAUUGAGUUAGAGCACCGGCGGAAGAGUGGCCGUGGUGUUUUGGAAUGGUAUCUCCUCCCGCCUGCUUCGCGCUAUUCGCCACAGCACUUGAAAGAAGUGGUGACCCUGCUCGACGACAACGUUUUGUACAAUCCUCCUAUGGAGCGACACAUUGGCCCCGAAGAUGAGGAGCCUACGUCGACAUUUGAGCUGGGUCUUACUGACAGACAAAGGCGUGAUAGAGAGGGCGUGGUGCUACCCUACUUUGAUGCCCAGCAUGGAAAUGGACCUGGUGAAGGAGGUCGUAUUCUUUACGACAUGGGCGAAGAGGAUGACUUUGAUGAAGAAGAAGAUGAGAUCUAG